UAUAAAAGCAGAGCGUGCUGUUAUCAAGAAACAAAUUGGAACGAUGGCUCUUCUCAAAAUUCUUCUUCUCAUGCUGUGGCUUGGUCUCGCCACGAGCUCGGAGCUGCAUCGUCAGAGGAGACUUGUUGGAGGUUCGACCUGUCGACGAACCGAGCGUCGCUACCAUGUGAAACUGGUGGCGACAAACGGCACACAUGCAUCCCGCUGCGGAGGCUCUCUGAUCAGUCCCCAGUGGAUUCUCACUGCAGCUCACUGCUGGGAACCCGGAUGGACCAUGUCUGCAACUGUAGGAGUUCAUCCGGUUCCAGUAGAGCAGCCUCAAGUCAUUACUGAACAUGAGAUCUUUCAGGAUCAAAAUCAGAAUGGACAUGACAUCAUGCUGCUGAAGCUGCCGAAACGGUCCAAGAUUCAAGGUGUGGCUCUUCCAAACUGUCGAAAUCGGCCCACCAUAGGUGCCUCUGUUCGGAUGGCAGGAUAUGGUGCUGAUCGGAUGGGCCCAAACAAUGAGAAGCUAUCUGAUGAGUCCAGCACUCUUCAAUGUGCCGACCUUGACAUUGUGAACUGCACAAGGCUCCAGAACAUUAUGAACAUGUAUGCCCGGAACCCUCUGAACUUCAAAGCACGAGCUAAACUGUAUCAGCACUGGUUCUGCGUUCAAAGCCCUGGAAAGGAUACAUGUCCAGGAGACUCUGGUGGAGGUAUGGUGUCCCGAGGAAAGAUUUAUGGAGUCCAUUCUUUCACCGGUGAUCCUUCGUUCGCCUGCACUGAAGCAGCUGGUGUUAUGGACGUUUGCAGUUACAUGAAGUGGAUCAAGGCAACCAUCAAGGAGCCAAAAAAAUGUAAAUUAAACUGUUUUACUGGAUAACUGCAUUUGUUUCACAAUGCUGUGCAUCUCCAACUUCACUCUUUCCUAAUAUCGAUCUUUCAAUUUAUUGCUUGCCUAUAAAGUCUCAUCAUUCGAGAUGUUGUUCUCUCCCGUCUCUCAGUGCAGAUGAAAAUAAAUGGAACUGC